GAACUUAUAGGCUGCCGGCCACUUCAUUUCUCUUUCCGCAGCGCACACACACACUGUAGGAAAGCCGUAUAGUCACGUGGCACAGGUGCGCAUUUUUCGUGUGUGGGUGGACGUUUUGUCUGUCAGGGUCACACCUGUCGGGCGGUGCCGUAAGCAGGGUGUCACUCAUUCACUCUCUCUCCGGCCGGUCAACUUCUUCAUUGACACUUCGAAUGACAUGGCGGGGUGUUAAUGCAUCAUGGCCGGUGAAAGGAAUUACAAGGCUAACCGAAGAUGGGGACUACAUGAAGUUAUGUGUAACAAGUAUGGAGCUAAACUGCUCAGCUGUGUAAACCACAGAGGAACAAUUAGAACAUAGGUUUAGAAGAGGAACUGUGCCGUGACACUUGGUGGGUUUUUAAAGUUUUAAAGUGUUUCCUUAUUUUGUGCUGGAGACAUGGCUCUGUCACAGAUACAGUGCCUGGACGAUAACCACGUGAACCCGCGGAGGCACGAGUCCAAACCGGAGUUCUUGUACUGCGAAGACCAGCGGCUCGCGCUGGAGACUUUCCUGCUGGAUGGUCGCGAGGCGUUUGUUAAGUACCUGGAGGCUCGCGGCCUGCGCGGCUUCCUCUCGGACCCGGAGUUGGAAACUCUCGCCAAGGCGGUGAAGCCCUAUGACCCGGGAACGGAGCUUUUCCUGGAGAAUGCCGAAGACGACGAGCCCCCGCUGUCACUGCACUACUGGCCCGACUUGUCGGACAUGUCCAUCCCCCAGAUGGACUUGGGCUGGCCAGACAGCUUGUCCUAUCGGGGGGUGACGCGCACUACUGUGUACGCGCAGCCACCCCUAGAGGGUCAGGCACACAUCAAAGAGGUUGUCAGAAAAAUGAUUGCGCAGGCGCAAAAGGUAAUAGCCGUGGUGAUGGACGUGUUCACUGAUGUCGACAUCUUCAGAGAUUUGCUAGAUGCUGGUGUCAAGAGGAAGGUUUCGGUCUACAUCCUGUUGGAACGCACAGCACUACCUCAUUUCCUCUCCAUGUGUCAGAGAGCCAACAUGCAUGCAGGACACCUCAAGAACCUUCGUGUACGCUGUUCAGAUGGGGGAGAGUUCCACACUCGGUCCUGCACCAAAGUCACAGGGCGAAUGGGACACAGAUUCAUGUUCAUUGAUGGAGACAAAGCUGUGUCUGGGUCGUACAGUUUCACUUGGAUGGCAUCGCGGCUGGACACAAAUCUCAUCACCGUGGUUACAGGCCAGGCAGUGGAAGCCUUCGACAGGCUGUUUUGCAUCCUCUACGCAACCUCCACUUUGGCUGACCUCCGAAAAGUUGCCUUGGAGCCUGAACCUGAGUUGGAGGCCAUCCCACAGCCAGUCUCAGUAGCCCCUCUUUCUGCUGAUGUUGCAAGGAAACUGAACAGCCCCAAAUAUGCCCUGGUUACCUUAGCUAACCCCAGCCCCACCACUUCUGCUCGACCCGAAGAGACCCAAAAUCUGAAAAACUCCAAUAACCCAGAAACAAAGAAGGGGAGGCGGAGUAGGGCUAACAAAGAAGCAAUACAGGAGGCUCCUUCCAUCCACCCCGGCCUCACCAAUCUAGAGAAAGCAUGCUUGAUGUCAUACCUGCCCACCUGGCCAGAACCUGAUCCCCCCAGUGAUGUUAUUGGGUUCAUUAACAUUCGUGAUGCCAGAAAACCAAAUCAGGUCCAUCUACAGAGAUCUGAGAUGUUUGAAACCAGCCAAGCAAUCAGGUUUAGCAGUCCAUUCAGCAUGCCUAAGGAAACCCUGCCAGAAGUCGCCAAGCCCAGACAGUUUACUGCUAAAUAUGAGGAGAUGAAUAAACUUCAACUAGCACAAGAUACAACAAAGGCUGAAGAGUCGCUGGUAGGCAUAGUACAGCCAACACAAGUCAGUGCAGGGCCUGGGGACUUUAAAGGUAAAGCAGAAGCACCUGUACAGAAAUCACCUGCAUUUGGACCAAAGUGUGAAUUUGACAAAGACACGACUAAGACUCUCAACGUUGAGAACAAACGUCACUCAAACAUACCCGCCAACCAAGAUACAAGCCAAAACACCACACUUCCCCUCAAUGCACACACAGCUUGCCAAUCUAACAGCAAAGCAUCCACUCCUGCCAAUGGGAGGCCUUCACACACCACACAAACUGUCACCACCCUCCCAGGAUCAAGCACUGAAAAAGAAGAAGAAAGUGAUUUAAACACACAACAUGCACAAUGUAACAGGUCACACAUCCUGGAGCCGAGUAAUACACAAGCCUCACACAUGUGUCCCGCUGACUUAAACACAGAAUUACAGACACAAACGAAGACGGUGCUGCCACAUACAGAAUCAAAGCCACAGAACGUCCCUGAAAUGACUACUAACAUCCAGAAUCCCACCGUCAACCACCACAUGUCCUACUCUUCUACCUCUGCCACGUGCUCUCCGUUUGUUAGUUCAACUCCCCUUUCUGAAAACAAUCACGUCUCCAUUACUUCAAGCACAAGUCCAGUUUCCUGUUCUUCUUUGUCUUCCCACAGCUCUUCUUCCUCCAUUCCUCCUUGCACCUCUUCUCUUACAACUCUCAAUCCUCCCCCUACGUCUUCCCCAUCAUCCCCAUGUUUGAACUCAACCCCCCCCAUCCCUAAACCUCGUACGCUCCAGCUGGUUAUCAAAGGCGGAGUCAUGGGCAAUGGCCAGAAGCUGCCGGAGUACGAUGUCAGGAGGCCUGAGGCCAGCAUAGGGCCACGCGCGGUCAACAGUGAGCCCGAUGCAGCAACCGUGGCAGCAACCUUGGCACAGACAUUGCCAGAAAAAGUGCAUGAGACAACAAACAGCAGUCGAAGCAAGACAGGAGCCCAGAAAGAUGCAGAGAACACAGAAAAGGUUAUAUGGCAAAAACAGAGUGGGACUUUCCAAGAGACAAAGAAUGAAGUAGUUGGACGACAUGAUGACAUUGCAAGAAUGCAGUUUGUUGCUGGAAACAACCUAGAAGAGCAGUCUGAUGUUUUCAUUGCUGAUGCGCCAAUAGCAGAGAGUGUGAAUAGUCAAGAAAUAAUACUAAAAGAUGUCGAGCCCAAGACUUUGAUGUUGUUAGACUGCAAAUUAAUCCCACAGAUAGACUGUUUAGCCACACUACAGGAAGAGAUAAAGGCUCCAGAAAGAGCUUUAACAGGCUGUGAGUUUUCAAAAGGACCAAGUGAAAAAAGUGAGAGUCUGACAGAAGGCAAAACAUACCUUGCGAAAGCACAUGUACCUCAGAGAAUAUCAUAUAGUGAGUUGAUGCCACAAUAUAUAGAUACAUUAAAGACUGUGGAUUCCAUAACAGCUUCGAGACACACUCCUGUUUCUUCCACACACUUAUCCAGAGACAGUGCUACUGACAGCACAUACAUAUCAGUCACAGACACACAAGGUAAUCAAAGUUUCACACUGGCACACCACGUAGACAACACAACAGACACCAUACCUACUGCAAAACAUAACACACAUGGCAGCUCUCAAGAACAAACUCCUAAAGCACGUGGGAGCACACACACACCUGAAGGACCCCUGCGUUUACGUCUCCCCGAAAAAUUCAUGCCAGACUUACGUUCGAUGACGCCUGAGAGAGAAUCACAUUCCCUCACAGCUCUUAUACGUACUCCAACUCCAGAUGGGUAUCUUCCACUUAUGCCCACCCCAGACCCAGGAACUCACAAGCCGGAUCUGCGGCCAUACACUCUAGACUUUCGAACGCCUACGCCCGACGAGUAUUUCUCACCAAGAGCAGACUCUUGGUCCACCACCUCAGAGGAUUCGUAUUACGAAUGUAACGACUCUCCUAUCCACGAGGCUGUUUCGGAGCGAGCAGCUUCCAGCAACCACGGGAGGACAGAGGAGCAUGUUUGCUUUACACACACAAAGACUCCUAAUGAUACAACCAUCACCAACAGUACUGCACACGUAAAUUCUAACACUCGUGCUGCUACCUUAGGAACUACAGAAAGGAAUACCUCAAGCAGUGAAACACAGAGUUUGUCUAGGCCUGCUAGAGUCUCUUCUUCGUCUUCUUUACUUGAGAAGAAAGUUAAAAUGGUGGAGGAAAAAGAAACCACAAAAGAAGAAGAGAGUGGGAGAGAACAGGAUGAAAAGGGGAGGAAACUGAGUGUGGCAGAGGGGACAGAGGGAGAUAACCAGGGGACGGAGAGGAGAGGCAGCGAGGAAGCUAAGAGAACAACCGACCAUUUUAAACAAGGUAAAGAUUUGACAGAGACAGUAGAAAAAAACGAGGAUGCCCAACACCAAGCCCUGACAAGAAAGAUGGUUCAGAACCAUUCGGCAGCAGGGAGAGCGGUCGACGGAGGAAUGACUCCAGGAGAGUUAACCAAUGAAAGAACGGAGCAAAAGCAAUUGCCGACAGGUCAGGCGCUACAACCAAACAAAGCAUCUUCUGAGGGAAAGAGAGCAGACAAAGAGAAGGCAGUUGACAUGGCGCCAUUAGGUCCCAGUAGUGUGGAGAAGAGAGACAGGCCCCAGACAACCACAGAGACUGAUGGACAGAAGCUUUUGCACACUUCUCCGAAAACCCCUCAAGGACAGCAGCAAGACAGUGGAGGGUCUUCCCCUUCUCGACCAUCCAGCCCCCCUCAACCCCUCUCAGCCACCCAGCCUCGUCCCUGGGGAAGCCGUCAGCUGAACCAGGCAGGAAGCAAGUCGCUCCACAGUAGUUUCCAGGUCUUGGAUAUUACCUCUUCCCUUCUCAAACCGCCAUCCGCGCCCCCUCCUCCAGUGACGGUGAGGGCUGUUGGGUCUGCAACAGCGCGGAAGCAAGCCAAAGCCCCCCUCGGCCAGCACAGCCUCCUCUCUCGACAGCCUCUAGCAGCGCAGAGCAGGACGGUAGCUGGCCAGUCGCAGAAUCAACAUCCUUACCCCAAAUCCCCAGCCUCCUUUCGCCACAUACACUCUAACAGAGAGGCGCAGCUCCAUCCCCCUUCCCACAACCAGACGGCAUCACCGCAGGAAGCACGUUGGCAGGAAGAUGCCAGUGCUCCAUUUAGCUUCACUUUUAGCAGGCUGUACAACCUCAAGGGCCUUAAGGACAAGAUGAGCAAGCUGCCAUCACAGAGCAAGAGAGGCAGAGCCAGCUCUCCGGGACAGGGACGUAAGAGCUCCAGCUAGUCUGGUAACUUGAGUCAUCCUGGUUUUUUAUACUAUAAGACAUCAAGCCAAAGAAAUGGCACAUAACAAUAUAGAAUUAAAAUAGAAAACUGUCUCACCUCCAAGAAAAAAAGCUUGACAUGACCCAGUGUGUGUACUUUCCCAAAUUUCCAAAAAAUAAUAUAAAUAAUAAUCUGUCCUGUGAGCUCAGCCAAGGCUUGGCUCUGCAGCACCAUUUUUAGUGUUACUUCUUGCUGACGUUUUUAGUGAAUGUUUGAACUUUGACCUAUGACACAUGACGUGGGAUUGUCUGUCUGACGGAGGGCGCACUUUAAGUUGUUUUCCACAUGGCAGUGUGAAACCUUUGCAGGACGUGGCUCCAUUACUGGACCAAACAAAGAGUGAUUAGAUAAGUUGUUAAAAAGAUAAGGUGUUCUUUCUUCUUCUGGCUUCUCAUUUUUAGAGAUGAUUCUUAUUCACAUUGCUGCAUCUCAAACUUUUGAAAUUCUUUUCAUGUUGAAAAUCCAGCUUCCUUUUCUGGCUGAAAUUUGGGAGGUUGUGACCACUGCUGCUGGCAGUGACCUGGACAACUGGACCUGAACCAUAGCUUUCUCACCUAAAUUAUAACAGUUUUUGCUUUUACGCCCACCUGGUCUAAGUUAUCGAACAACUGAAUAGUGUUGUAUUCCAUUUUUUCAAAUGAAAAUUAAAUGUUUGUGUGACCAGAGAAAAUGAACACCAGGAACAUACUGUAUGUAAAUCAUAUGUAAAUCCAGAAGUUUGUCUGUUACAUACUGCACAUUAGAUAAGCUGCUUUGACUUUGAUCCACUGUACACAUACUGUGGAUCGUACAAAAACAAUAGCCGUUGCUUCCUGAAUUCAAUGAUACCUUUGAAUGAAAUUCCUUAAAUCAACCACUUACUCGUUUUUUUCCUCUUUUUAUGUCAUUUCAUUCAGAAAGAGUCAAAAUGUGGGCAAUCUUCUUUGGUUACAGUAGAAUGGAAUCUCGGGAUGGUGCUAUGUCAAUGUGAAUUUGUGUUUCCAACAUGCAGUAUGUGUGACUGGUAGUCAUUACAAUGGACAUUAAUAGAGUUUGAAAUAGGUACGAGGAUAUGCCUGAUGAAAGCAAACAUAAAAUGUACUGCAUUACAGAUUUACUAUUUUUUUGUGAGACACUGAACAACAACACAAACACUGGAAGUCACAGACCGCUGUUGCAGAGAUUUAAUGUGAUCUACCACCACGUUAGAUUCUGUGAGCAGACAAAUAAUUAAAUGUUCAAAUGGCUAACAUCACAACAGUGGCGGUUUUUAUUGUUUAUAUGAGUUGAGUGGGAGUAUUUGUCCCACAUUGGUGUUAUAACAAGCCAAGUCUCUCCUCUUCUGUGGAUAAGGCUCAAACUGUUGAUGCAGAAUCGCACCUUAUUGUUUUUUGAUGUCUCAGACCUUUUGUACUCUUCCAUUGUGUGCUGUACAUAGAAACACUAAAGGGGUCAGGUAAUUGAUUAAUUAAUUGUUUACACCAUAUUCCAUUUACAUUCAAAAGGCUUUUUGCCUGGAAGUCUGUGCCCAAACAAAGCACGAGUUAGAGACGAAUCCAGUCAACACCACACAAGACAGCCCAAUUAAUCUGAAGACAGAUAAAGAUGUCCUAUGACAACAAUAUACAAGAUGGUGCCUUUGAAGGGAUGUGGAAAUUGGCUGAGGUGCUGUUUUGCAUGACAAAUAAAGUCAUUGAUGACAUCAAU